CCCUCACCGUGGCUCACUCCCUGCCUGGCCAUCGCGGCAAAAGAGAAAUUCCCCUCGCUUCCCCUGAUCUUCCACUCUCCAUUUUCCCGUUUCCCAAACGCUCGUCCCCGUCCCUUCCUCCAUCUCCAUCCCUCUAGCGAAACCCACAAAUAUGAGUAAGGAUUCGUUGCCCGUCACCGAUCUCGACUCCUCCCUGCCAGCAGCUGCCGCCGCUCUUAGUGCAGAGGACCGAGCAGACCUUGUUAAUGCACUUAAGAAUAAGCUACAGAACUUGGCAGGGCAGCACUCGAACAUCAUCGAAGAGCUGCCUCCGAGAGUCAGAAAGCGCGUGGAGUAUCUGAAAGAGAUUCAGGGCCAACAUGAUGAACUGGAGGCGAAAUUCUUCGAGGAGAGAAGGGCGCUAGAGGCCAAGUAUCAGAAGCUUUAUGAGCCACAUUAUACACAGAGAUACGAGAUUAUAAAUGGUAUAAAAGAAGUUGAUGGGGUAUCAUCUGAAGCUUCAGGGGAUCAAGAAGCUGAUAAAGCUGCUGGAGGAGUACCCGACUUCUGGCUCACUGCGAUGAAGAACAACGAAGUGUUAGCCGAAGAGAUAACAGAACGUGAUGAGGCAGCUCUUAAAUUUCUUAGAGACAUCAAAAGUAUUAGACUUGAGGAGCCUGUGGGUUUCAAGCUUGAGUUUCACUUUGAUCCCAAUCCAUACUUCAAGAAUUCCGUGCUGACUAAAACAUAUCAUGUAAUUGAGGAUGAUGAAGAUCCUGUUCUGGAAAGAGCAAUAGGGACGGAAAUCGACUGGUAUCCUGGAAAAUGCUUGACCAAGAAGAUUCUAAAGAAGAAACCUAAGAAGGGAUCCAAGAAUGCCAAACCCAUCACCAAAAUCGAGGAUUGUCUGAGUUUCUUCACAUUCUUUAAUACGCCCCACAUGCCCCAGGACGAAGAUGACCUUGAUGAUGAUGCUGUUGAGGAUCUUCAAGACCAAAUGGAGCAGGACUACAAUAUCGGCACGACCAUUCGUAGUAAGAUUAUUUCUCAUGCCGUAGCAUGGUACACUGGAGAGGCAGUGGAGGUUGAUUCCUACGGCCACCACAUAGAUAAGGAUGGUGAUGAUACUGAUCAUGAAAACGAGGGGCAUGAAGAGGAUACCGAUCAUGGCACUGAAGAUGAUGGCAAAGAACUCCAGAAGAAGGUAUAGAACACACACAAGGUAAGUAAAAUUUUCCUAAUUCCCGUUACUAUGCACCAUAACGAGAUGCAAUGCUGCAAUCUUAUGGGUUGAUUUUCUCACUUCGAUUGUCGCGUGGAUUUUUAGGGGCGCGGACUUGCAUGAGCGAGAGCGGUCUUAGGGUUGCUUCACUAGUACUAUGUAUAGACGUAUCAUAUAGUGUACUGGUCAAGAACGGCACAUUUGAUGGCCGGGAAAAGUUUUGGGCAACUCUAGUUUGAAUUGGUCUGUGGAAUGGGAAGCUUGUAGGGCUGAGAGUUCUUUGAUUCUUUCUUUCCCCUUGAUACUCUGUUUCUUCGUGUGCUGUUAUAAAUUCAGUUUCCCGGCAUGUUUGAUGUCUAAUGUUUCUUUUCAAUGUUCAUGACAUGAGGUAAAUCAAGCUUUCUUUCUUUCCUUACAGUUUAGAUUCAUGUUUUGACUAAGAUACGAGAUUUGUG